UGCAUGUUUAAAUCAAACGCAACUUGAGCGCCUGAGCCAGUGAAGAUGUGAGUUUAGGAGGAGUUUGAGACUCCUGUACUUCUCUCCCUGGUCCUCUACACAAACCUUUCCCACAGAGGGAGAGUUGGGCUGAGCAGAAACACGGAGCGGGACUAGUAGAGACUUUGUGUCGUACAAAGUUCGCUCUCUUGGCAAAGUGAGCGCAGUUUACUGGGAGAUGAGCCAAACUAACCAACGGUUAUCUGGUAGCACGGUUUGGCCACAGGGGGAGAGCAGAAAGGAGGCAGGAGACGGUGGCAGCGCUCCCAGCAUGUCGCAGAAAAGUGAGGAAAGUCGGCUUUACUUGGUGAAGAGCUCGUUUGGAAGCGGUGGUGCCAGGCGCAGAGAACCAGACAAUGCGGACGCAAACGUCUACGGGUCCGGACGCAUUCGUCCACAAAGCUGUGCCAUGGAGAAUCACUCCCUUCAGACAGCUGGUGCACCUCAGGAGUUGAUGAACACUGGCUGCCGAGUGGGCGACUCUUCUUCCUCCUGCGCCACAAUCUCAGAAACAGCCAGGGAGCUGUGCAAGGCUGUCUCCGUGUCCCUGGGGCUCACCGUCGAGUCCACUGACACCAGCGACAUGGACCCUGCUCUGCCCCCGUGUGCUGACCACAUCCACGGAGAGAGUUUAUACGGAGCCGGAGCUGUGGCUCUGAGCUGCUCCGGAGCACAGGCUGCUGCCGCAGGCUACAGGUGCCCGGACCGGGACGAGCGGCCCCUGCCUGGCCCGAGACAACUGGUGGAAGUGUUCAAAAGUUCAGAGAGCGCUGCGCCCCUGCACCACUUCACCUCCACUCGGACAUGUGGGGACGAGCCAGACUUCAGCCUGUGUGAGCCUGAUGACACGACCCCAACGCGCACACACUAUUGCCCCUACUCCGCGUCCGCGCCCGGCAGCCUGGCGCACUUCAGCCACACGGGACCGGAGAGGCCGUGCCGGGGCUACAAACCGCCGGACGAGGCGCGGGACGCCAUGGAGAGCAAGUUCCGCGGGUACCAACCUGAGCAGUACAGCGUCAAAGUCAAAUGUGAGGAGGAGGAGAGCACCGGGGCUCUGUGGCCCGGAGACUACACCUUCAACGACAAGUACAACUCUCAGCUGUGGGGCUCCAGGCACUGCGUAAAUGCGCGCGGCACCGAAGCAACCGGCGCGUUCAUAUGUAAACCAUACGAGCGCAGCGUCACGCGCUCUGAGCAGUGGUACCCGGCCGGGAUGCUGAGGCCCAGCUACCCCAACCCCAGCUACGUGAAGGCUGAGGUGGACGAAUGGAUGGAUGUCAACUACAACGACACGAGUGAAACUUUGUGUUGUAGAAACAGUCCUGUGAACUUCCUGCCUAUAGAAAAGUGCCCCAUGCAGCUGGAGCAGUUUGAGGCUGGAAGAGAGCACAUGUUCCCCAUGGAGUUCUUCUUUCCACCACAGAGGACGUGCCUGAUCUGUUCAGACGAGGCGUCUGGCUGCCAUUACGGUGCACUCACCUGUGGCAGCUGCAAGGUUUUCUUCAAAAGAGCUGCAGAAGUAGGCAAACAGAAAUACUUGUGUGCGAGCAAAAAUGACUGUACCAUCGAUAAGCUAAGAAGAAAGAACUGUCCUUCUUGUCGGCUGAAGAAGUGUUUUGAAGCUGGAAUGACACUUGGAGCACGUAAACUAAAGAAGAUCGGACAGCAGAAGAACCCUGAAGAGGAUCAUCCUGUGCAGGACUCUACAGAGGUCAUCCAGAAUAUCUCUCCUAAGUCGGGCCUGAACUUGAACUCCCAGCUGGUCUUCCUCAACAUCCUGGAGUCCAUCGAGCCUGAGGUGGUGAAUGCGGGACACGACUACGGCCAACCUGACUCAGCUGCCACCCUGCUCACCAGCCUCAACGAGCUGGGAGAGAGGCAACUGGUCAAAGUGGUCAAAUGGGCGAAAGGAUUGCCAGGAUUUAGAAAUCUCCACGUGGAUGACCAAAUGACUGUCAUUCAACAUUCGUGGAUGGGGGUGAUGGUGUUUGCCCUGGGAUGGAGAUCCUAUAAGAACGUCAAUGGCAGGAUGCUUUACUUCGCCCCAGAUUUGGUGUUCAACGAAAAUCGGAUGCACGUCUCCACCAUGUACGAGCACUGCAUUCGGAUGAGGCAUCUCUCCCAGGAGUUCGUGCUGCUGCAGAUCACUCAGGAGGAGUUCCUGUGCAUGAAGGCCCUGCUCCUCUUCAGCAUUAUUCCAGUCGAGGGUCUGAAGAGUCAGAAGUACUUUGACGAGCUGCGUCUCACCUACAUCAACGAACUCGAUCGGCUCAUCAGCUGUCGAAUGACGACCAAUUGUUCUCAGAGGUUCUACCAGCUCACCCGACUGCUGGACUCUCUCCAGAUGACGGUAAAGAAGCUCCAUCAGUUUACAUUUGACCUUUUCGUCCAGGCUCAGUCACUCCCCACCCAGGUCAGCUUUCCAGAGAUGAUCGGAGAAAUAAUAUCAGUUCAUGUACCACGGAUCCUGGCAGGUUUGGCAAAGCCCAUCUUGUUUCACCAGUAGACCGAUUUUUUUUAUAUAAAAAAAAUGACUACUCUGCUCUGCUGCCUCCAUAAACUUUAACCAAGGCUUUGCACUGUUUCCCUCCAUGUCCCACCUAAUAGCAUCAAGCUCUGUCCCAUAAUCAUCAGUUUUAUUGCUCAAUGUUUUGUUUUUUUCCUUUUAGCCAUAAUUGAGAUUGUUUGCUCUGAACUGAUAAAGCUUUUAUCUGCAGAGCUGCGAGGCAUCAACCUGUUGACAGCUCUGCUCUUUCUGAGUGGAGGGUUUGAUUUAUUCUGCUCGGCCAGAGACGCUACUUUACAUAUGCAGCAAGUCUGUAAAUCAUAGAAGUAGCAGGGUUAAAAAGAUCAGGUUUUGCAUGUGACCUUCAUUAUACCAACACUUGAGGAGGUACACAUAAAUAUUAAAAAACAAGCAAACGAAAGAUGGCCCACAGAGCAGGAGAGAAAUGGAUCACCGUAAUAAACAGACACUUGUUCACCAAAAUCUGUUUUUAUAAAUGCUGCCUUCAGGUGCCGUGUGUGAAAUAGAAAGUGCUAAAUACAACUUGUAAGGAAUGUAAGAGGCUAAAAUUUGAAAUGUACAGGUUUAAGAUUUAGUUUUUAUCAUUCGCAAAAUUUAACCUGAAGACAUUUUUUUAAAUUAAACUUCCUAAUACAUGCACAAGAUCCUGAAAUCCCAGUGUGGCAAUAAAAGGUGUUCAUAAACUGUGUUGAAUAAGUCAUCACUGAAAAACACUCAUUUGAUGUUGUUACAAUACUUAACGUAGAGUAAAUGUAAAACAUUAGAUGUUUCAAAUCCAAUAGUAAAUUGUGAUAUUACAUCACUGUUACUAAGCCUUUAGCGCUCACUUGGUUCUCAAUGAGGCGCAGGAAAUUAUCACUCAGUUGUAUUUACCACCUGCUAGGUUUGGCACUACAGUAUUUCUGAUGGCAGUGGCAGCUGUAAUUUAUUUAUAUUUUUAAUGUUUGACCUGUUGUAAAUAAGAGUAUAUAUCUGCCAGAUUGUGCUCAUGCAUUGGUUAAAAAUGAGAAUUUAAUAAAUCACAAUUACAAUAAAGUCAAAGACUACUUUACCUUUUCUUUAAGAAAAUGGGGGAGAAGAUGACAGGUCAUAUCAGAUUGUAGAACAGGUGGCAGCCAUACAACCAAAACUCAACAUUAAGCAUUUGAAACAUUAAAGACGCGUCACUAUUCUAAAAUCAAAUAUCCUACAUCGUUUCUUAUAAGAUAGAGCAAAGUGUCGAAUUUGAACCAAGCCACAAAAGAAACAGUUAAACUAAAUUGAAUACACAAUCUUAGUCCUGUACGUAUGGCAGAAUUGACGGGAAACACACACUUCACUCACACAUGUUGUCUUCACACAGUCAGUCUCUCUAAGCCAGAACAAUAUGGACAUCUUGAGAAGACACUUCAGGUUGACAGUCAUUCUGCAUUUCAAACCUUUUCCCGUCCAGUUGAAAUGUUUUCUCCUGGAUCGGCCCCCUGAUCCAGAUUUGCGUCAAAAUGUAAUGGGCUCUUCAUUGACACAUAUCACAUCCUUCUACCAAUGUUUGUGGAAAUCCGUUGAGUAAUGUUUGCGCAAUCUUGCUUAAAAACAAACAAAUGAACCAACAAACAAACAGACAGGGGAGAAAGAAGGUAAAAUAAGUUGUUAAGAAGUUUUGAUAUUAUAUUUCACUGCACAGCUUCAAAGUUCAUUCAUACAUGAAAAUUAGAUGACAUUUCAAUCAAAAGGCAACAUGAAUUAUUUUUUGUUUAGUGAUAAUAAACAACAUUUCUUACCAAAACUUAACAGAGUCUUAACAACCAAUCAAACCGUUUACACUACGAGUCACAUUCACCUAUUUACAUCCAUCCAUAAGGUGAUUCUAUAUAUGUGGCACAGCCGCCAGAUUGACCCCCCAUCAGAUUAUUUUUACAUUUACCAUAAACUACGUUAAAGAAAAGAAAGGAAGCCCUUCAGUCACUUACCAUUGUUCCUCCCAGACAACACGGUGUUGACAGCAUCAUGCAGACAAACACUGGUGCCAGAGAACUCAGAUUAUUGCAGUGAUGUUCCAACAGGACAAUAGAUAUAAACUCACAGCCACCUUAAAACUGGAAGGCCCUGAGAUGUCAAAUGUGGAAAUCCAUGACUGCGGUUGCAAAACCUCACAGAUAAAAUCCAAGACAAGAAACCCCAGUGGAAUGCUUUGAAGAUAACCCGAACAAAGACACUGGAGAGGAGCUGAUGAGAAGUGUCACCAUUGAUCCAGUUGAACACAUUCAUCAGGUUUUUCCUGAAUCAAGCUGGUAAAACACUUUGUACAUAUGUCCAUACACUCUUUGUGCAGUGAGUGUAACUAAGACUGAAUCCUUUCAGUAAAAGAGUCUGAAUCCAGCUGCUGCGUGUUUAUGACAAUCCAACACAUACAAAAUCUAACGAAAAACUUCUGUGGCUUCUUCUGCCUUGUCCAAUAAUUUUCAACAAUGUUUUAUUACUCUGUAUAUCCAACACUUUUUUUAAAGACAGUUUCUUUUACACGCCUGUAGAUGCAUGCACCAAGUGUAUAUCUGUCUGUGUAACGUCUAGCUUUACACAAAGCACUGCUCAGACAUCCAUGUGUUCCUCCAGUUACCUGUUUGUGUUCUAUACUAUCUGACAGCUGUCCCCUGCAUUGAACGAUGGCGACACUAUCAGGAGGCAUGAAAAAUGUGUUGUACAGUGCACGGUGAUAAGAUGACAGUUUUCAUCCAUUGACGUUAGUGAAGCUUGUACUUAACUUCAUCCGCACAGGUCCUCAUGUCUUUUUCUAUUAAAAUUUGCUAUGUGAAAAGGAAGGGGUGGGGGGAGGUGAGGCGAUCUAGUCGCUACGGACAAGUAUAGUUCAUGCAUGAGCCUUGACCCCAAUGCACCUACUAAUUAUAGCCCUGAAACUUGAUAAAGACGUGUCUCCUGUCAGUUGAGACGCUGUAGACAGACAUGUGAUUAAGACAGGAACCCAGAUAAAAUAUUAUUCCUGUGCAAAAGCACUAAUCUGAUUUCGAGCAUUUGUAUUUUAAAUAAGCGGAAAAUGCUUAAGUUUUAAUCAAAGGAUAAAAUCCAGAAACCGAUAUUCUUCAAGCCUUUCUACAUUUCCUGAAUGCACUAUGUUGUACGACUGUUCUUAACAGUUACACUUUGUUUCUCUUUAAUCUUGAUAAUAACACUGUUCUAAAUAAUGCAGUAGUCUGUUUCUAUUAAUCCUGUAUAGCUUUAUUAUGCAUUAGACAGGGUGGAAUCUGAAGGCAUUACCAGUGCUGGUGCCUCGCGCAUCUCAAUGAGCCACAUACUCUCGAUAACCCUGGUUUUUUUUCAAAUAUUGAAACGACUGAAUCACAGUAGGCUGUGUUUUGUUGGAUGUCUAUGGACAGUAGCUGGUAUGUGCCCGGUGUACUGCAUAUGAAGCUCGUUCUUUGUACAUGAAACAGUAACUGUAUAUAUUGAUUUGUUUAUCGUCCGUUUUGGUGUGUGGACACUUGACUUUUACAGUCAUCUCUUGUAUGAUUUAUACCUUUUGUGACCUGCUGUGUGUUUUUCCAAUUUGUGUAUUUUUCAAAAAGAUGUAAAGCUGCAUAAUCUUUUAAAAGCAAUUAAAAAAUACUUCUGACUCUAAA